AUGGCACCGGCAGCGACGCAGACCUCGCUGCCCUGCUGGCUUUCCGACCCCGCCGGCAUCCUUGCCAACAGCUGGGUAGCCAAUAGGUCCUUCUGCCACUGGGCCGGUGUCACCUGCAGCCGCCGUCGCCGGCGUGUUACAUCCCUGUCGUUGCCGGGCACUUCCCUCCUCGGCUCCCUGGCGCCUCACAAUCUUAGAAAAUUUUCUUUACAAACAAAUUAUUUAAGUGGCCCAAUACCACCUUAUAUGUUCAACAACACACCUUCCUUGAGGUACAUCCGUCUUGGAAACAACAGCUUAUCGGGUCCUAUACCUAACAAUAUUGCCUCCCUCUCCAAACUUGAGUUCUUGAGUCUGCAAUUCAAUCAACUCAGCGGCAUAGUUCCACAAGCCAUUUACAACAUGUCCAAGUUGCGAAUCAUGCUACUUCCAAUCAAUAACCUAACUGGACAAAUUCCGGAUAAUCAAAGUUUCAGCCUGCCAAUGUUGGAAGAAAUUUCCCUCACUGUAAAUAAAAUUUCCGGGAGGUUUCCUUUAGGGCUUGCAUCAUGCCAGUACCUUGAAACAAUUUCUCUGUCUAUAAAUUGUUUUAUGGAUGUUGUGCCAACAUGGUUAGCCAAAUUGCCGCAUCUCCAGUGGAUUCCCUUGGGUACUAACAACCUUGUUGGCUCAAUCCCAACCGAGCUUAGCAAUCUCACCAAUCUUAAUAUCCUGGAGCUCUCUCAUGCCAACCUGAAAGGGGAAAUCCCGCCACAAGUAGGUCUAAUGCAAGAACUCUCGACUUUAAAUUUUGAAAAGAAUCAACUAAAAGGUACAAUUCCACCUUCCCUUGGCAAUUUGUCCAAAUUGUCCUAUCUAUAUUUGGACAGAAAUCACUUUUCUGGCCAAGUACCCACAACACUUGGGAGAAUUGCAACUUUGAAAAGGCUUCUUCUAUCUAAGAAUAAAUUAGAGGGGAAUAUGGACUUCUUGCUUGCUCUCUCCAACUGCCGACAACUCCAGGACCUUGUAAUACCGAAUAAUUAUUUCACGGGUACCCUGCCAGACCAUAUGGGAAACCUCUCUACACAAUUAAUCACUUUUCGUGCAGGUUACAAUAAGUUAACCGGUGGAAUUCCAGCUACUCUCUCAAAUUUCAGCAGUCUGAACUGGAUAGAUCUUUCCAACAACCCACUAACAAAGGAAAUGCCACACUCCAUCACUACAAUGGAAAACCUUGUGUUACUCGAUAUCUCAAUGAAUGAAUUGUUAGGCACUAUCCCAAGUCAAAUUGGUAUGUUCAAGAGUCUUGAGCGAUUGUUUUUGCAGAAAAAUAAAUUCUUUGGCUCUAUACCAGAUAGCAUUGGCAACCUUAGCAGGCUACAAUACAUUGACAUAUCCAAUAACCAGUUCAUUUCUGCACUACCUACAAGUGUAUUCCACCUAGAUGAACUUAUCAAAUUAAAUCUUUCUCACAAUUCCUUUGGUGGUGCGCUUCCAGAUGAUGUUAGCAUGCUAAGCCAAAUCGAUCAAAUAGACCUUUCUUCCAACUUCUUGGAUGGGAAGAUUCCUGGAUCAAUCGGGGAAUUUAAAAUGCUAACCUACCUCAAUCAUUCAUAUAAUUUGUUUGAAGGCCCAAUUCCAAACCAACUUAAUAAUCUAACUAGCUUAGAAUUAUUAGAUCUCUCCUCCAAUGAUCUUUCUGGCACCAUCCCCACUUUCUUUGCCAACUUCACAUACUUGAGUACCUUGAACCUCUCCUUCAAUAGGCUAGAUGGUCAGAUACCUGAGGGAGGUGUCUUCUUGAAUCUCACAUUACAAUCUUUGAUUGGAAAUGUUGGGCUAUGCGGUGCUCCACGCAUAGGAUUUCCACCAUGCCUUGACAAAUCUCAUUCAAGUAACAAACACUUAUUGAAAUUUCAAAUCCUGAUUGUCAUUAUUACUUUUGGCGGUAUUGCAAUUUGCUUAUACCUAUGUAUCAAAAAAGAACUUAAGAAGCGAGAGGUCAAAGAUUAUGUCGAUCCAACCGAUGGCAUAUGCAAUAAGAUAGUCUCAUAUCAUGAGCUCCUUCGCGCCACCAACAGUUUCAGCGAAGAUAACAUACUUGGCUCUGGAAGCUUUGGAAAGUUUUCAAGGGCCAAUUGA